CGUGCAAACACCAUCCCGAGAAGUUUCCUUGUGUUUCUUAAGUUAUUAAAAAGAAUCGAGUGAUCAAACAAAUGUUUGGUAAAUUUGCAACCGGCGUUUCGGCGCUUCUAACUAGAUCGACCGUUCCGCUGCUACAAAACGCCGGCUUCACAUCAAAACAAUACUGGACGGGCUCGAUUUUGAACCAUGCAUCCAGCAAGACGUACCGGGCGCAAUCCGGUUCCAAGCUGCUUGGAGUGCUGUCGGCUGGCUCGCCACUGUGUGCGCCCCAGUCCGUUAUGGAAGAACAAACCCGGAACACGUUCGUACUGAAACGUCGCACGCCGCCGAAUCUGUGCAAAAAGCACCAGAAACCGGGCAAGCUGCGAGGGCGCCACUUCGUGUACGAACUGGUGGAAAAUCGAACGGUGAUCAAGAAACCCAAUCUCGAGGUCAUCCUUACGGCGUUCGUCGAAGGCAUUGGUGCCAAGGGGGAUGUGGUGUCGCUCAAGCCGAACGUUGCCUACAAUCAGCUGCUACUGCCCGGGCUGGCUGUCUACAAGACGCCGGAAAAUUUGGCCAAAUAUGCUAUCGAAAAGGAUGAAACGGAGAAAGAGAUCCACAGCUCGGCGUAUGCUCAGCGAACGGUGAACAAACUUGAAAGCCUCAUCUUAGCGGUGGUCAUGAACAAAGAUCAGCCGUGGGUGAUAGAAUCCUGGCACAUCAGGACCGCGUUGCGGAAGGCCGGCUACUACGUACCAACUGAAGCGAUUGAACUACCGGCCACACCGAUUACCGGACCGGAUCUACUAAAACAAAACAAAGAGUUUACCGUCACCAUCACGAUCAACAAUCUCGAGAAGGCUCGGGUACGCUGCCGGAUACACCACUGGAGUACCGAACCGAGCAACCGGUUGCCGUACGUGUUCGAACACUGGAAGCAGGGCGCGGAACCGCUUUUCGGCGGCGCAUGAUAACAACAGUGAAACAUAAUAGUGAACGGUAGUGCUAAUACACCUUCAAAUGUCUUGAUUUUGAUGGAUUGUGAAAUGUCGUAUUGCUUCAUUGUUGCUCUUUUGUUCCGAUUUUAGUACGACUGGUUUUGCAGGAUUGUGUAGGUACCACCGGUGAAGUCAAAACGUUUUGCACUCGAAGAACUAUUUCGAAACCCAUGGUUACAAUUGAAGUUGAUUUGAAUAGAGAUGUUUAAAAAUGAUUUAAUUAUGAUUCGGAGCAGCAUAUUCUUAAAAUUAAUAUUCUAUCAUAUUGCUUCAUUGUUGCUCUUUUGUUUCGCUUUUAGUAGGUCUAUACUACACUAGUUUUAUAGAAUUGUGUAGGUACCACCGGUGAAGUCAAAACGUUUUGCACUCGAAGAACUAUUUCGAAACCCAAGGUUACAAUUGAAGUUGAUUUGAAUAGAAAUGUUUAAAAAUGAUUUAAUUAUGAUUCGGAGCAGCAUAUUCGUAAAAUUAAUAUUCUAUCAUAUUGCUUCAUUGUUGCUCUUUUGUUUCGCUUUUAGUAGGUCUAUACUACACUAGUUUUAUAGAAUUGUGUAGGUACCACCGGUGAAGUCAAAACGUUUUGCACUCGAAGAACUAUUUCGAAACCCAUGGUUAUAAUUGAAGUUGAUUUGAAUAGAGAUGUUUAAAAAUGAUUUAAUUAUGAUUCGGAGCAGCAUAUUCUUAAAAUUAAUAUUCUAUCAUAUUGCUUCAUUGUUGCUCUUUUGUUUCGCUUUUAGUAGGUCUAUACUACACUAGUUUUAUAGAAUUGUGUAGGUACCACCGGUGAAGUCAAAACGUUUUGCACUCGAAGAACUAUUUCGAAACCCAUGGUUACAAUUGAAGUUGAUUUGAAUAGAGAUGUUUAAAAAUGAUUUGAUUAUGUUUCGGAGCAGCAUAUUCUUAAAAUUAAUAUUCUAUCAUAUUGCUUCAUAAUUCCUCUUUUGUUUCGCUUUUAGUAGGGCUACAUUACAUUAGUUUUGCAGGAUUGUGUAGGUACCACCGGUGAAGUCAAAACGUUUUGCACUCGAAGAACUAUUUCGAAACCCAAGGUUACAAUUGAAGUUGAUUUGAAUAGAAAUGUUUAAAAAUGAUUUAAUUAUGAUUCGGAGCAGCAUAUUCGUAAAAUUAAUAUUCGAUCAUAUUGCUGCAUUGUUGCUCUUUUGUUCCGCUUUUAGUAGGUCUAUACUACACUAGUUUUAUAGAAUUGUGUAGGUACCACCGGUGAAGUCAAAACGUUUUGCACUCGAAGAACUAUUUCGAAACCCAUGGUUACAAUUGAAGUUGAUUUGAAUAGAGAUGUUUAAAAAUGAUCAACAGUUUCAUCUUUGCUAAAGAUUUGAUUAUGAUUCGGAGGAGCAUAUUCUUGAAAUUAUUAUUCUAUCGUAUUGCUUCAUUGUAGCUCUUUGUUCCGCUUUUAGAAGGGCUACACUACACUAGUUUUGCAGGAUUGCGUAGGUACCGCAGAUGAUGUCAAAAUGUUUUGCACGAGUCACAAUUAAAAAGACAACAAUUCUUGAACAUGCU